AUGUGGUGCGUCCAUUGUCGACAAUGGCCCCGGAUCUGUGGCCGAAAUGAUCUACAUCUGACCCCCGAGGAUCUGCUUAUUUAUGUGCACACCUGUUUGUCAGCCCUGUUCAACUUGACAUGUGCGCUGAUUUGCCCAUUUGUGCGGUCAACGAGUUGCCCUGACGGUUCGGACGGACGCAAGGAUUGUCGACAUGCCAAAGAGAGACUGACAACCCCGGUGGAGCCAAUUCAGCCGAACCAAUCCAAUGAAACUGGCGCUAAACGUCCCGAGAGUGGACACGACAAAUGUCAAGCGCCGACAACCAGACUCGCCCGUCGGCACGUCCAGCUUGAGCGAACAACGCUGGCUUGGGUCCAGAUUUGCGACUAG